UCACCAACGCCACACAGGCAGUUAACAUUAGAUUGUCGACAAAGCAACACCGAAUUUACAUACUCUAUCUUUGACUGUCAGUAGCAGUGCGUUGUGAAAAGUUUUGGUCGGGACCAGUGUGUUUUACCAAUAUCUUUGAGAAAAAUGGCGAAAGUCAGCGUGGAUCUACCUGAUAUCGAGAAUCUAUUGGCCUUGAAUCCAAAAGUACAUACGCACACGUCGCUUGUACCAUCGGCGGUGACCAAAAAGAAUAAAGCCCAUUGGAAGCGAAACAUUGACAAAAAGUGUGGCUCUUGCCACACUUUGGAAAAUAAUUUCAAUGACAUCAAACCAACAACUUUGAGCGAACGUGGAGCGUUGAAGGAAGCAGCUAGAUGUCUGAAAUGUGCCGAUGCUCCAUGCCAAAAGUCUUGUCCAACUCAAUUGGAUGUAAAAUCUUUUAUUACUAGCAUUGCUAAUAAGAACUACUAUGGCGCAGCUAAGGCUAUCUUCUCCGAUAACCCUUUGGGUAUCACGUGUGGUAUGGUCUGCCCUACCAGCGAUCUUUGCGUUGGUGGCUGCAAUCUACAAGCUUCUGAAGAAGGCGCAAUUAAUAUUGGAGGAUUACAACAAUUCGCCACUGAAAUCUUUAGUAAAAUGGGCGUACGUCAAACGCGUGAUCCACGCACUCCAACUCCGGUAGGUGCUGGACGUAAAAUCGUUCUUUUGGGUGCGGGACCCGCCAGUUUAUCAUGCGCAACAUUCCUUGGGCGUCUUGGAUAUACCGAUAUCACUAUCUAUGAAAAACAGGAAUUUGUAGGAGGACUUAGCGCGUCCGAGAUUCCUCAAUACCGUCUGCCAAUGACGGUCGUCAACUUUGAAAUUGGUUUAGUUAAAGAUCUCGGGGUAAAAAUCGAAUGCGGACGUGCUCUCAGCGCUAAGGACUUAACCAUCGAUGGUAUUCUAAGCAAUGGCGCACAUGCAGUGUUCCUAGGUAUUGGUUUACCUCAAGCUAAACCAAAUCCAUUGUUUGCGAAACUCACCACUGAUAUGGGUUUUUAUACAUCAAAGAGUUUUCUGCCAUUGGUAGCUAAAGCUAGCAAACCAGGAAUGUGCGCAUGUAAAGCCCUAGCCUCCGCAAUGCCAAAACUUCAUGGUAAAGUGAUUGUUUUGGGAGCUGGAGACACUGCCUUUGAUUGCGCCACCAGCGCCUUGCGUUGUGGAGCGAAAAAAGUGUUCCUUGUCUUCAGACGUGGGUUCAGCAACAUUCGGGCUGUCCCCGAAGAAGUUUCUCUUGCUAUUGAAGAGAAGUGUGAAUUGAUUGGUUUCCUAACACCCCAGGAUGUUAACAUCAAAGAGGGAAAAAUUACGUCCAUUACUUUCGCUCGUAAUUAUGAAGAUGACGAUGGAAAAUGGAUAACUGAUAAAGAACAAUUGACUACCUUGAAGGCUGACUUUUUGAUUUCGGCAUUCGGGUCUGGACUUGAAGAUCGAGACAUGAUUCAAGCAUUGGGUUCCUUGAAACUCAAAGACAACAACCUUCCAGUAGUUGACCCGAUUACCAUGCAAACAUCCCAUAAGAGCGUUUUCUGCGGUGGGGACCUCGCAGGUGUAGCAGAGACAACAGUCGAAGCUGUGAAUGAUGGUAAAAACGCCGCGUGGAAUAUCCACUGCUACUUGCAAGCUAUGCCUCAUGAUUCCAAACCAAAAUUACCCCUAUUCCACACCGACAUCGAUGAGGUUGACCUCUCUGUAGAAAUGUGCGGAAUUAAAUUCGAAAAUCCCUUCGGAUUAGCUUCCGCUCCACCAGCUACCAGUACCGCUAUGAUUCGUCGUUCCUUCGAGCAAGGAUGGGGCUAUGCCGUAACAAAAACGUUUGCCCUUGAUAAAGAUACCGUCACCAAUGUAUCUCCUCGAAUCAUUCGUGGUGUGACAUCAGGUCACAACUUUGGACCACAACAGGGUUGCUUCCUCAACAUUGAACUUAUCUCAGAAAAAUGCGCCGACUACUGGUGCACAUCAAUCAAGGAACUUAAGAAAGAUUUCCCGACCAAGGUUAUCAUUGCCAGUAUAAUGUGUUCGUACAAUGAGAAAGAUUGGGUUGAACUUGCAACCAUGGCAGAAAAAUCAGGGGCUGAUGCUUUGGAACUGAAUCUUUCAUGUCCGCAUGGUAUGGGUGAAUCAGGUAUGGGAUUAGCUUGUGGGCAGAAACCUGAAUUGGUGAAAGGUAUUUCCCAAUGGGUCCGGAAAACGGUCAAAAUCCCAUUCUUUAUUAAACUAACUCCUAAUAUUACUGACAUCGUUACUAUUGCUACUGCUGCUAAGGAAGGUGGCGCUGACGGCGUGUCCGCCAUUAAUACUGUCUCCGGAUUAAUGAAUCUUAAAGCCGAUGCCAGCCCAUGGCCUGCUGUGGGCAUUGAUAGAAGAACAACCUAUGGAGGUGUAAGUGGAAAUGCUACACGCCCAAUGGCACUUAGAGCUAUAACAGCCAUCGGGAAUGCCUUACCAGGUUUCCCAAUUUUAGGAAUUGGAGGUAUUGACUCCGCAGAAGUAGCGUUGCAGUUCCUGCAAGCAGGUUCAACUGUUCUGCAAGUAUGCAGCGCUGUGCAAAAUCAGGACUUUACUGUCGUUGAAGAUUAUUGCACCGGGUUGAAAGCUUUAUUAUAUUUGGAGAACAGACUCCCUGGUUGGGACGGUCAAAGCCCACCUACCUACAAACACCAGCUAGGUAAACCCAUUCCAAGCCUAUAUGAUGCUAAUGGUAAAAAAUUGCCGCACUUUGGACGUUACCGAGAAGAACGUAGCAAACAAAUGGCUAGAUUACACGUGAAUGCAAACGGAGAAAUAGUUUCUGUUAACCAAAGUGGUAUCCAAGAUCCACCACCGACAAAUGGAGUAAAAGUACCCAAAUUAAAGGAUGUCAUUGGCAGAGCAUUGAAACAUGUUGGUCCCUACAAAGCGCUAGACAACAAGAAGCAAGUGGUUGCCUUGAUCGAUGACGAUAUGUGUAUAAACUGUGGAAAAUGUUACAUGGCCUGCAAUGAUUCGGGUUAUCAGGCCAUUCGAUUUGAUGCCGAAACACAUAUUCCAAAGGUCACCGACGACUGCACAGGCUGCACGAUGUGUUUGUCCGUUUGUCCUAUCAUUGAUUGCAUCAAUAUGGUGCCGAAAACUAUACCACACGUUAUCAAACGUGGCAUUCCAGUUCAAAAGUUGAUGCCGGUUCAUCCUUUAGACAAUUAUUCUCCAGUUAAUUAAGAAUAGUUACUUUUUGAUAGUUUGUGGAUUUGUAAAAUCAAUACAAAACAAAAUAAAGAAUAACUGCAUUAAAA